GCGGAGGUGUGACCGGGGUGUACGAGAAACAAGAGACGUGAAAGCCACUGCACCGCGGGUACAGUCGCUUUUGGUGCCGCGGUCGUGUCCUCGCCUGUCUUACUCUCCUUUGUAGGUGUCUGUCUGUCUCUCAUUUUCUCUCUUUCUGCCGUUAUCGUGUUGAGUUGAGGCGCCAUUUCUGCUUCAGAGGACGUCUUUUGCUAGUUGAAGACAACUAAACACCAGCGGGAUCAUGUUAACACUGCUGACUUCCAUGUAUCUGGUGAUGCGGGCCAUCUCAUCGCGGGCUGAACCAAUCCGCGUUGUGGUGACCGGCGCUGCUGGCCAGAUUGCCUACUCCCUGCUGUACAGCAUCGCCAAGGGAGAUGUGUUCGGGAAGGACCAGCCAAUCGUCCUGAUCCUCCUGGACAUCCCCCCCAUGCUGCCGGUGCUGGACGGAGUCGUCAUGGAGCUGCAGGACUGCGCCCUCCCCCUGCUGAAGGAGGUCAUCCCCACUGACAAGGUGGAAGUGGCUUUCAAGGACAUCGAUGCCGCCAUCUUGGUGGGCUCAAUGCCCAGGAAGGAGGGCAUGGAGAGGAAGGACCUCCUCAAGGCCAAUGUGGCCAUCUUCAAGACGCAAGGAGCUGCCCUGGACAAGUACGCCAAGAAGACCGUCAAGGUUUUGGUGGUUGGAAACCCAGCAAACACCAACUGCCUGAUCGCUUCCAAGUCCGCUCCGUCCAUCCCCAAAGAGAACUUCUCCUGCCUGACCCGACUGGACCACAACAGAGCCUGCUCCCAGGUGGCCAUACGUUGCGGCGUGUCCUCUGACCAAGUGAAGAACGUCAUCAUCUGGGGCAACCACUCCUCCACCCAGUACCCUGAUGUGCACCACACCAAGGUCAACCUCCACGGGACUGAGACGGACGGUUACCAAGCUGUGAAGGACGACGCCUGGCUCAGAGGAGACUUCAUCUCUACGGUGCAGCAGCGCGGCGCCGCUGUCAUCAAGGCCAGGAAGCUGUCCAGCGCCAUGUCUGCCGCCAAGGCCAUCUGUGACCACAUGAGGGACAUCUGGUUUGGCACCAAGGAGGGUGAAUUUAUCUCCAUGGGUGUGUAUGCUGCUGGAAACUCCUACAGCAUUCCAGAGGACCUCAUCUACUCUUUCCCGGUCCAGAUCAAGAACAAAACCUGGAAAAUUGUCGAUGGCCUCUCCAUCAACGACUUCUCCCGAGCCAAGAUGGAUGCCACAGCAGCAGAGCUGGUGGAGGAGCGAGACACCGCCCUGGAUUUCCUGUCCCAGUGACUGCCACCUCCUGGUGUCCAACAGCAGCACUUAGUUCCCCCGAAAGCCCGCCGCUCUCGGCUGUGAGACUCCACCAUAAUAACCAUCCAAGCCGGUGCCUGUGUGUCACCUCUGUGUGUGUUUGUGUCAGUGAGUGAGUGAGUGUGUGUCACUAGGCCACUUAAGGUUUUCAGAAAACCUGUUUAAUGGCCACAACCUGGCCUCCUACAUCUGCAAGACACGGAGAACGUCUCUGGUGGUGGGUGACACACAGUAGCUGUCCAGAAACUGUAACGGAACAUGUCGUCACCAAUAAAACAAGAAGUCGACAGACCAAAUUCA